AUGAUUCCAACCAGAAGUGAAAGCACAGGGAAAGAUACAACACUAAGCACAAUAUCGAAGGACGUGCCAACAAGAAGAUAUUUUGACUUUCAGGCCACAACACCGGUGGAUCCAAGAGUACUCGAUGCGAUGUUGCCAUAUCUUACGUCUUUUUAUGGCAAUCCCCACAGCCGUUCGCAUUCAUUUGGCUGGGAAGCUGAAAAAGCAACAGAAAAUAGCAGAAAACAAGUGGCAGAUUUGGUAAAUGCAGACCCCAAAAGAGAUUAUAUUUACAAGCGGAGCCACCGAGUCCAUUAA